CGUGUCACAUGUGUAGAGGCAGGAGGACGUUCAUAUGAACAACACUGACUGCAAGCGGUAUAUCGGUUCCGAAACAUCGAUCUCUCCACCGGCGCGCGUCGCUGUCAUUCUCCCAUAGAGCUGCGGCUUUACCGGGUUCAGUCCGUGGCUGCUAACUGAGCUGAGGUCACAAGACACUGAAUAACUUGUCUGUUUAGUGGCGGGAGAAGAGUUAUUAACUCACGGUACCGAGCUAACGGGGCAUUAGCAAGUGAUGAGCAGGGGCCUGUUUCUUUUGGACGUCCAGCUAAGGUUACCGACUGGGCACGUUGUUGCUUAGAAGCACCAAGAGACCCUGCAUUCAGCCGGUGGCGCUCCUGAAACCCCAGGCUGGACCGAGAUUUCAUGCGAGCUCCCCGACUUGGGCAGACGAGCUAGCUAACUAUCGCUCGGCGUGCAGUUUAAAUAGGAACAGAUAGCAAGAGCCCGACAGCCUUCAGUUUGUACCUGCAGUCUGCGUGUGCGAUGGGUCUGCUGUCACAGGGAUCUCCACUGAACUGGGAAGAAACCCGAAAGUAUGCAGACCAUAUCAGAAAACACGGCAUCAUCCAGUUUCUCAACAUCUACAAUAAGGUGAAGGACCGUCAGAAAGAUGUGUUGAAGUGGGGCGAUGAGGUCGAGUACAUGUUGGUGGAAUUUGACGACAAGGAUGAGAAGGUUCGGCUCGUCCUGAACGGCGGAGAUGUUUUAGCAACUCUCCAAGACCAGGGAGAAAACAUCAACCCCAACCACCCAACACUGUGGAGACCAGAGUAUGGUAGCUACAUGAUUGAGGGAACUCCAGGUCAGCCAUACGGUGGGACAAUGUCAGAGUUCAACACUGUCGAGGGCAACAUGAGGAAGAGACGGCGCGAAGCAUCAUCUGUUCUGAACCCAAAAGAAACCCUCUGCACCAUCACUGCAUUUCCAAGGUUAGGUUGCCCAGGUUUUACCAAACCAGAGUACCGACCAACACCUGUUGAAAAGGGAGUGUCCAAGUCACUGUUUUUCCCCGAUGAAGCCAUCAACAGGCACCCGAGGUUCAGCACCCUAACCAGAAACAUACGUCACAGGAGGGGAGAGAAAGUUGUAAUAAAUGUGCCAAUCUUCAAAGACAGUUGCACUCCAUCUCCGUUUAUGGAAGAGUUUCCUGAGGAUGAUGGCGAAGCAGCGAGGGCGGCUCUGCCUGACCAUAUCUAUAUGGAUGCCAUGGGUUUCGGCAUGGGCAACUGCUGCCUGCAGGUGACAUUCCAGGCUUGCAGCAUUGAUGAGGCAAGGUAUCUUUAUGACCAACUAGCAACAUUCUGCCCCAUCGUGAUGGCACUGAGUGCAGCCUCACCCCUCUACAGAGGCUAUGUGUCAGACAUCGAUUGUCGCUGGGGAGUUAUUUCUGCCUCAGUGGACGACAGGACACAGGAGGAGCGUGGGCUGAAGCCUUUAAAAAACAACAAAUACAGGAUCUUCAAGUCGAGGUAUGAUUCUAUUGACAGCUACCUGUCUGGCUGUGGUGAAAAGUACAAUGACAUUGAUUUGACAAUAGACGAGAAGAUCUACAAGCAGCUGCUGAGUGCAGGCAUCGACAAGCUCCUGGCCCAGCACAUAGCACAUCUUUUUAUACGAGACCCCCUCUCUGUCUUUGAGGAGAAAAUACACUUGGAUGAUGAGAAUUCGUCCGAUCACUUUGAGAACCUCCAAUCGACCAACUGGCAGACGAUGAGGUUCAAACCUCCGCCUCCAAACUCUGAGAUCGGCUGGAGAGUUGAGUUCCGCCCCAUGGAGGUGCAGCUCACUGACUUUGAAAAUGCUGCGUAUGUGGUGUUUGUGGUCCUGCUGACCCGUGUGAUCUUGUCCUACAAACUGGACUUCCUAAUCCCGUUGUCAAAGGUUGAUGAAAACAUGAAGGUUGCACAGAAGAGAAACGCUGUCCAGGAGGGAAUGUUUUACUUCCGCAAGGACAUCUUUAAAGGCUGCAAUCCGGUUCUUGAUGGCGCUGCGUCUGCCCAGAACGGCUUGGAGACUGACGGUGCUAAUGAAGAGUACACCCUGAUGAGCAUUGACACAAUCAUCAAUGGAAAGGAGGGAGUAUUUCAAGGGCUUAUCCCAAUCCUUAACUGCUAUCUGGAAAACAUGGAGGUGGAUGUGGACACCAGGUGCACUAUUUUGAAUUAUCUGAAGCUCAUAAAGAAACGUGCCUCAGGAGAGCUGAUGACCAUGGCCAAGUGGAUGAGGGAGUUUGUCGCAAAGCACCCCGACUACAAGCAGGACAGCGUCGUAACUGACAAGAUCAACUUCGACCUGCUCAGAAAGUGCGACAGGAUUGCCAAAGGAGAAGAGCAGUGCCCUGAGCUCAUUGGCAACCCAGUUAACAGAUCCCAGUGAGGGGAGGCAGCAUUGUAGAUGACACAAACGUGCAUGUAAAGAGAGACCAAAAGUGUGGCUCGGAACAGAAGAGGUCCAAUUGUAAGAGAAUGCAGAACAGCAUGUGUGUAAUGUAAAGAAAAGCACCUGCUUCAAAUAUAUGUAUAUAUACUGUAUGAGAUUUUUAUGAUUACAAUGUUAUUUUAAUAGAGGAGCAAUAAGACAUGCAAAGGGUUGUGUAAUAGAAAUCAGAUGUGUAUUUAUUUUUAUCUGGAAAUUUAAGCCUAUCUGUGAGACUGUAAAUGUAGCAAAGAGUUGUACAGUAGUCUGCUUUUAGUCUCCUGUAAAUACUGUACUUCAACUCUUUAAAACAUUAACACAACUUUUUGCCUUUUAAAAUACAUUUAUAAGAAAUUUGCUCUGCUGACCUAAAGCGUUCUCAUCCCGGGGAAGUCGUAAUUCAGAUAUCGUCGGCUGCUGCCGCUCAUAGUAACGCACAAAGUCUUGUUUAGUGGUGGUGGUGCUCGACGUGAGGGGACUGUGUGGCUUUAGAGACCUACAUCAUCUGGGUCAGGAGGUUGGAGCGGUUCACCUCCUGUUUGCCCCCCCCCCCCCCCCCCCCCCACACACACACACACACACACACACACACACACACACACUCACACUGAUUCUUUUUGUUUUCCCUUGUUAGCUCGGCUGUUUCAAAGAAAAAGUCAAGCUAUUGUCAUUGCCUUGGCAAGGGUGGCAGCUGUUCCACAAAAAAAUUUAGUGUUGACCAAAACUCGAAUGAUGGGACCUAGGAUGUUCAAAUUCUCACAAUAGAUGCAUCUACGGAAAUCAUACACAAGUUCAAAUCUGUGACCUUGACCUCAAAGUAAAAGUCAGAGGUCACGUUUUCUGAAAAUCUUGGGAAUGCGAUAACUCAAACGAUCUCACCUAGGAUGUUUAAAUUCACACUGUUCAAGCUAGACCAAUCAAACUUCACACACUUGUUCACUGACUUUACUAUAACAGCACUUUGACUCCCUUCCUAUCCCUCUUACGAAUCUGAAACAGCUGAGCUUUUUUACUGUCACUUGUUGAUUGGGCAUAUGUUUGAGUGAGCACUUAAAAACUAGUUGGUCAGUUACUUCAUAUGUGGGCAUUAAACUUUUUUUAAUUUUUUUUUAAGUGUUUAGUGGUUUAGCGUUCCCUUAACAGCAGUAACUCUGGGGUGGGCUAGACGCGACCUUUGCUAUAACCUAGUUUGUCACAGACUGCCUUGAAGGACACCUUGUGUGUAAAUGUGACAUCACCACCUUUGACAAAAACCUCAUUAUUCGGUGUCCCAUGGAAUGAGAACGAACUGGCUGACAUUAUAGUGGGACCUUAAAUUUGGUGUUGCAUACAAGUGCUCAACAAUUGCUUGCAAUGUGAUGCUGUUUUAAAAUAAAUCUGUGCAACAGUAA